AUGCUUGAGGACGCUGCAGCAAAAGCGGCGGGGAUACGCUCGAUGCUCUUCGACUACAACGUCUCAGACGCCAGGAUUGAAUCUUCGGCGGACGCACAGCCUUCGACUCUUAUCUGGCGGGCGACGUCAUCGAUCAAUCCGGCCUCGAACCUGCCGACGCAGUUCACUCAGCAGGUCCCUGGGCCGCGCGUGACCUACGGCAAGGCCGUGCUUCGGGGCGGCAUGGUGACCUUCGCCCUGACCCAGGCGUUCGAGACUACCAAGUACGACCCCACGUAUCUGGAGGGUAUCACGCAGAGCCUCGAGCUGGCCCGAGGAACUUUUUAG